GUUUAAUAAAUUAUUAACCGAUAAUAAUUAUAAUAACAACAAAAAAAACAAACAAUAGUAAAUUUGUUUUUUGAUCAAUUGUUUUGCAAAAACCAAAAAUUUUUGUAUUUAUUUAGUGCGAAUUGGGGUGUAAAUUAAUUGGUAAUGACUUUGAAAUGAAAAUGAAAUGUUAACAUAUUGUCAGGAUUAUUAGCAAUAUUUAAAGCUGAAAAUAUUAAUACAAAAUUAUAUAAAAAAAGUUUUUAAAAUUAUAAAAAGGUUUCAUUCGUCAACACAACUUUCAACUAUUGUUAUAUAAAAUGGAUAUUGUUAUACGUGAAGAAGACAUUUCCUUGGGACAGGUGGGCAUUUAUGCCUCAUUGUCAUUUUUAGUGGUUUCUGUCUUGGGUUUGGGAUUUUAUGCCACUUGUUCGAGAAAAUAUCGUUUAAAUUGGUUUGAGAAAAAUCUUCUGGAAUCAGCGAGCAAUAAAGAUGAGGAAGCUGACUGUAGAGACGCCCUAGUGGCAACGGCUUCUGGUUAUAAUGUGGACAAUAUUAGCGAAUGCUCACGUUCCAUUGCAAAGGGUAAUGUUACUCCCACCUCCAUUAAUACCGAGGAUCCCACAUUUUGGGUGCCACCACCUUCAAAAACCAUACAACAACAGGUUUCCACAUCGGCCGAUGAAUCACCACCCUCGACACCCACCUCACCAACUGGCAGCUUAAAAUCGAAUACUUUAUCGAUGUCAUCCUGUAAUUCUGUGCCUAUAGCUCGUUCCGACAAACAUGUGGUUUUAGCUAUGAAUCCUACGCGCCCCAAGGUUUCGUCGAUGAAUGCCAAGUUGGAUCACACCAAAAUCGAUAUGGCUUUAUAUAGAACGAACUCUUUACAGAAGGGCGCAAAUCCUACUGAAGAUCCUAAGGGCAGCAUUCAUGUUAGCAUAGUUUAUGAUCCUCAUGCUGGUAUUUUGUCAGUCCGUUUAAUAGAGGCUCAAAACCUUCAGCCUCGCGAUUUUAGUGGCACUGCAGAUCCUUAUGCUAAAAUUCGUCUAUUACCCGAAAAGAAGAACUUUUGGCAAACUCGUAUACAUAAGAAGACUCUCAAUCCAGUUUUCGAUGAAGAUUUCGUUUUUGAAGAAAAUCCCAAUGCUAUUGAUAAACGUACCAUCGAAAUUUUACUGUACGAUUUUGAUGCCUACUCUCGACACGUUUGCAUAGGAGGAGCACAAAUUCCAUUGGCUAAUUUGGAUUUGACUAAGAAGGAGAAAUUCUGGACACCUUUGGGAACAUGUGCUGAACAAGAUAUGAAAGUGGAUUUAGGAGAUGUAAUGAUUACUUUGGCCUAUUUGCCCUCAGCAGAACGUUUGACGGUGGUAGUAAUAAAGGCUAGAAAUUUAAGAAUUGUAGAUGAUUCACGCAACUCCUCUGAUCCGUACAUAAAGGUUACACUAAUGGUGCCGGGUAAAAAGAAUAAAAAACGCAAAACCGCCGUUAUACGCAAUAAUAUUAAUCCGGUGUAUAAUGAAGCCUUAACAUUUGAUGUUCAUAAAGAGGCUUUGAAAAAUGCCACCAUUGAAUUGCAGGUGGUGCAUGAUGGUUUAUUGGGUUCUAAUGAAAUAUUGGGUAGAGCUGUUAUUGGUGCCGGUCCAGAUGUUCGUCCAGAUGAGAAAAUUUUCUUUGAAGAAAUGUUCCGCUCUAAAACCGCCACUGCUCAAUGGGUGCCACUGCAAGAUGUUAAUACUGGACGCACUAACAGUGGAAAUUAAAGUGGAAUUUGUUGUCAUGGUUUGUGUCUAGACUAAAAUGGUUUCUAACUUAACU